AUGCGCCUUGGAAACACUCCAGAAAUCCCGAAAUUUUCCUUCCAAGUGAAACUUGGUGUUCGUCUCCCUCUGGAUAUUUUGAUAGAUAUUUUCAUAUUGUCUAACCUGAACUCAGUGAACCACCCUUUUGUCUUUCAAUCCGCAGGGAUUAAGCCUACAUUCAUCCCUUACCUCAACAGCAAGACAAACGCAUUCGACUUCUCUGGUUUUACGGCAGCGAUAAAAUCAUUGCCAGCUCAAUCUGUCAUUCUUCUCCAGUCUAAUGCUCAGAAUCCAACUGGAAGUGAUCCUUCACUUGAUCAGUGGAAAGAAUUAGCUACGGUGUUCUUGGAACGCGGUCACCUGGCAUUCUUCGAUGCCGCGUAUCCUGGUUUUGCCUCGGGGGACACUGAUAAGGAUUUAGAAGGUGUUCGUCUGUUUGCCGAGCUUGAAAUCCCACUUGUCUUUGUUUCGACAUAUGGCAAAAGUUUCGGAUUGUAUAGCGAGCGCGUUGGACUUCUCUCAGUUCUGGUGCCUAAUGAGGAGGUGGGGCAGAGAGUUCAGACACAGCUCAUACUCCUCGCCCGCGCCGAGUCUGGCGCGCCCCCCGAUUUUGGCUCCAAGAUCGUUGAAACUGUUCUGGAGGAUGAGAGUUUAGAACGGCAAUGGCGACAGGAAGUGCGCGACAUGGCUAAUGCUCUGAAGCGUCGCCGGCUUAGACUGAGAGAAGGGCUGGAAAAGCUGGAGACCCCAGGAACUUGGCAUCAUAUAACUGACCAGAAUGGAAUGUUUUCAUAUGUGGGUCUUUCCGUGGAACAGGUCACUAUUCUCCGUGAGAAGUACCAUGUCUAUCUUCAAGACUCUGGAAGAAUUUCUAUUGCGGGACUGAACAAUGACAAUAUCGAUUAUGUUACAAGUAGCAUUAGCGCUGUUGUCAAAGCUACGACCGCAAAUUAG